AUGUCGGCAGAACUUGUGUUGGCGGUUCUUCCUAUCAUAGAGCUUUGCCGGAAAUACAUCAAAGAGGGGAGACAACUAUGCUCUGCUCUGAAGCACGCCAACACUGAAAUAUCGGAGCGCUUGGUGCAGCUUGACGUUAACUGGGUUCGGUUCGAGUCGCAGCUUAAUUUCUUCCAGCGCAUCCAGCAUGUGAUGGAAGACGAGCACCGCGAAGUAUACGGUCAGACCUUACAUGUUCUCCAAAGCAAGUUGGACAUCGUUGUAUCGCUACUGAGGAGUGUUAUUAAACCACAGCCUGAAAGUGAGGAUGGAGCACUGCCACCCACUCAUAAAGUCGUCCGAUGGAAAUUUGCAGGCAAGAGGAACAGCUUAGACGAGGCUAUCGAAGAUGUCGAAAAAUGGCAAAGGCUAGCCGACCAGUCCUGGUUCUUGCUCCUAAGGAUCGCAGAUACGCAAGUUGACCAGGCCCUCGCCACAGACGGCAGCGCCAAUGAGCCUAGCACUGGUACAGCUAUGCCAGAAACGAUUGCUAUACGUGCUGGCUUACAGCAGGUUGAUGAUCUUUCCCAGGGAAGUUCGGUAGUCGAACACAUUACCUUGCGCUCCAGCGAUCUAAAGAAAAUGACCAUUCAGGAAGUUCCCUUUUGCGAUGGUAUCGCGGUGGCGACAAAAGCACAUUCGGACGGGUCGGCAAGCAGGUAUAUUUUAAACCACAUACAAUGUGAGCCUGGUGCGAACCCGCAAAUAUUAAAACGUAAUGUCCGCGAUCUUGUACGAAAACUUCAGGCCGACAAGCCGUACACUUUCGGUUUACUGAAGUGUAAAGGCUUUGUAGCGGAAUCAGUCUCAGUGGGGUUUGGAGAGCAUCUCUCCUUGACGUUGGUCUUCAGAGAGCCUCCAACCUCUCAUAACCCUAGAAGCCUGCGGGAAACUUUACUCAAUACGCCGACAUCGACGUCUACCACUCGGCGACUCGAGAUAGCGCGAGGUUUGGCUAGGUCCAUUGGUUACGUGCAUACCUUCGGCUUCGUGCACAAGAACAUACGUCCGGAGUCGGUUCUCAUUUUCGAUCACACCGAUGGACAAGGUAUCUCCGCAUUUCUAGUUGGGUUUGAAAACUUCCGACGAGAUCAAGGCUGGACGCAGCGACGAGGCGAUGAUGCGCCAGACAAAAACUUGUACAGGCAUGCAUCUCGUCGAGGUUUUGAUCCCCGUGACGAUUACGAGAUGCGCCACGAUAUAUACAGUCUGGGCGUCUGCUUGCUAGAAAUUGGUCUCUGGGGUAGCUUCGUCGAAUACGACCCUAAUACUGCAACACGCAGUCUUUCACAAUUGCUCACGACGCUGUCUGGAAAAGGCAAGGAAAUCGCGUCAACGCCUCUGUGGGAGCAAGCGAAAGAUCAUCUCACCACUCUCACUCGAGAUCGCCUCCCAGGGAGUAUGGGAGAUAGGUAUGCGGAUAUUGUUGAGACCUGUUUGACAUGCUUGGAUCCGGGCAACGUUGAUUUCGGAGACGACAAAGCGUUCGAAGACGAGAAUGGGGUCCUUGUUGGUGCUCGAUACAUCGAGAAAGUUCUUCUUCGCCUCAGUAGGCUGACCAUGUAA